AUGCUAAAAGCUCUUAAAAUAUUUCAAUUAUUAUUGUUUUCAAAAUUCAAUUGCAUAUUUAUACCUUUUAACCCAAAUAUCAUUUGGUUUGAAGCAACUUCAUUCAAAGCAACUUACUUAGCUAAUGUUUUAAUGUGCUUGAGGCAGACAUCAAAUCGACUGCAAUUGCCUCGAAGUUUAUUGGGCAAUAAAAGAUCACGAAAGAUUCCGAAACAACGCUCGAAGUUAGCCGCCAAAUUAAUUUUAAUUGGUGCUAUUGACAAGGUAGCAACAUGUCAUCGACUACUACACAGCGUGACAGUUAAAGCCAAAGACAGACGACUGCGAGUUGAGUUGGAUGCUAACUGCGAAGAUCUAAACGCCUGA